AAACAACAACAACAACAACAACAACAACAACAACAACAACAACAACAACAACAACAACAACAACAACAACAACAACAACAACAACAACAACAACAACAACAACAACAACAACAACAACAACAACAACAACAACAACAACAACAACAACAACAACAACAACAACAACAACAACAACAACAACAACAACAACAACAACAACAACAACAACAACAACAACAACAACAACAACAACAACAACAACAACAACAACAACAACAACAACAACAACAACAACAACAACAACAACAACAACAACAACAACAACAACAACAACAACAACAACAACAACAACAACAACAACAACAACAACAACAACAACAACAACAACAACAACAACAACAACAACAACAACAACAACAACAACAACAACAACAACAACAACAACAACAACAACAACAACAACAACAACAACAACAACAACAACAACAACAACAACAACAACAACAACAACAACAACAACAACAACAACAACAACAACAACAACAACAACAACAACAACAACAACAACAACAACAACAACAACAACAACAACAACAACAACAACAACAACAACAACAACAACAACAACAACAACAACAACAACAACAACAACAACAACAACAACAACAACAACAACAACAACAACAACAACAACAACAACAACAACAACAACAACAACAACAACAACAACAACAACAACAACAACAACAACAACAACAACAACAACAACAACAACAACAACAACAACAACAACAA